AUGCGUAGCGCUUCGAUUCCAGUUGCCACUGCUGAAGGUCCUGAACGCAGUGUACGCUAUUCCCUUGAUCAUGUGCAAUUCACUCCCACCCAAAACGGGAUUGGUGUCCCCAACAGCGCCACAUCCGCACUGUUCUUCGUUGAUCCCAUCAGCGGUGAAGUGAGUGCAAAUCCGCAGCUUUCCGAGCAACCCCAAGGCGUCUACAGCGUUGUGGUGAAUGCUGUUGACACGAAAUCUGCUGAGCCGCUACAGCGCAUCGUCAAAAAAUUCCACUACGUGAAAGACGACAUGAAACUGCGCUACGUCUUCAGCAUGGGACUGGAAGAAUUCGCCACCGGUCGUGAACAAUUUUCAAAGAAACUGCAAGAAGCUCUCAAGGCCGAUCAUCCAGAGGGACAAAUGCAGGUGUUCUUCUCGGAGCCGGAGAGGGACAUUCGAAACGCGACAAGGACAUCAGUCUGUUUCCACGUGGUGAUGAAUGAACGGGUACAAAAUGAGCGUUCUGCCAUUUCGGCGCUCUCGCAGUCCGCGGUAGAAAACAGCCAACUCUCAAGGCUCUACCAUUCCUACAAUGUGGUCAACAUCGAGCGUUGUGAAGCAACUUCGAUGCCAGUGGUUCGCCAGUCAACGUUCCAGCUUCCAACGCAAAUUCUGCUGCUCAUCGCCGGUGUUGCCGUUCUUGUCGUCGUCCUCGUCGCUUUGAUCACUUACAUCUGCUUCGUUCGACGUUACAAACAACAUCUACGCAUGAAACAGAAGCAGAUCAAAGGGUCGGACAGAACUUCAUCGCAGCUCAGCUACUCUCCCACUUUCAUUCUACCACCUGCAGGGCCGCGUUUCUACUAA